AUGGAUGUUGUUCAGCAAACAUAUGGUUCAAAUCAAAAUGAUCAACCAUCAUCUGAUCAACAAAUAAAAUAUUUAAAUAUAACAUGUUCUGAUUCUAAAUCAAUAGAAAAACAUCAUAAUUUAUCACCUCAAUCAACAAUUCAAUCGUUGGAUUUAACCAUAAAUGAAUCAAAAAAUUCACCAAAAUCAGAUAUAAAAUGUUCUAAUGAUAAAUUAAAACAAGAUUUCUCUCAAAUAAAAUUAUUAACUAAUUCAUUUAAUACUAUUAUUAAUGAUAAGGAAAAUUUAAAUUAUUAUCAUCAAUAUAAUAACAGUAAUAAUAAUAAUAAUAAUAAUAACUGUUUCGAUGUAACUGAUUGUUAUCAACCACAAGAAACUGAUCAUUUUUCAGAUUCAUUUAAUAAUUCCACCUCUUGUACAUCAACAUCUCAUUAUAUUCAAAUUCAAGAAGAUGGUACAGAUAACACUGAUAAAGAAGAACUUGAAAUUCGUCGUAAACGACGUAAACAAAUAUUACCACAACAGAAUUUUCAUUUUACUCCAGUUAUAACUAAUAAUACGGAUGAUUUGAUGGAAGUUAAUGAUAUAUCAGACGAAAAUGAUAUGACCAGAUUUAUAGAUUGUGAAUUAGACGACAGUGUAAGUUAUCAACCAAAAAUAAGGAAAUUAUCUAAAUCUUCAUCAAAAAACGAUAUGGAACAUUUAGAAAGUGAAGAAUUAGAAGAAGUGAAAGAAAAAGAACAUACAGAAGAGAAUAUAGAGAAUAGAGAUCUAGUAGAAAUUAACCCAGAUGUUCAUAUGAUUCAUGCCGAUAAUGACAAUUCACUUAACCAAACUGAUAAAUUAUUCAAUAAGAGUUUCUCUCCAACUAUUAACAUAAAUUCAGAAUAUAAUAAAUUAAUUAAUGAAUUAAGUCAAUAUGCUAUAGAAGCAUUUCGUCGAAGUUUCACAAUUAAAUCAACAAAAGUACAAAAGGGUUUAGAUAGUGAAAUGAACAGAAACAAUUGUAGUGGUGAAGUCGACGACAAUAACACCACUACUACUGCUAUUAAUAAUAAUAACACAGAAGAAAGAAUUAUUGAACAAACAUUAUUAAAACUUGAACCACAUAUAUCUGAAUUAGUUGGUCAAUCAUUAAGAACAAGUAUUGAAACAAUAAAGAAAGAAAUGUUAUCUAAUUUUACAAAAAUCAAUAAUCAUUCAUCUAUUAAUUUAUUAAAUAAUCAAUCUGAAAUCAAUGAAAAUAAUAAAAAUAUAGAAAUUAUAAAUCAAGAAAUAUUUCAUGAAACUUUUCAACACUUAAAUGAUCCAAAUAAAGAUAAUACUAAAAUAUUAACAUUGAAUAACUCUAAUGAAGAAAUUAAACAAAAUCAUUCAAUUGAAAUGAUAAAUACAAAAAAAAUUGAUCAUUUAACUAAUAAUUUAAAACAACAUUUAUAUAAUUCAACAAUCAAUACAAAUAAACAAAUGAAUAAUAAUCAAAUAUUAUCAUCUAAUAAUAUAAUAGAUCAAUCUGUAGAAAAUGAUCCUAUUCAAUCAGUUUAUAAAACAUUAUUAACAAAUAAUGUAUUCAAAUUACCUAUAAAUAAUAAUCUUACAUUCAAUUCAAUGAAUCAUAUGAAUUUAGCUCAUACAACUUCUAAUAUUAAUCAUAAUGAUUCUAAUAAUUGUAUAGAUACAAUUAAUUGCAAUGAAUAUAUCCAUGAAGAAAAAGAGAAAUGUUCACAAUUUUCUUCAUAUUUCAAUAAUGUAAAUGAGAAUAAUCAAAUCUAUUCAAGAAUUUCAUCUAAUGAUUUAUCUCUGGUUGAUAUCAAUUCACCUCUAUCUUCAUCCCAAUCAAUUGACUAUAUUAAUUCUAAUCAGUCAGUUGAUAUUAAUUCAUCUGAAAAUGUUACCUCAUCAAUGUUGACUAAUACUACCACUUCGAUAUCAUCGUGUAAUCCUGUAACAGCAGCAGCCGCCGCUGCUGCUUUAGCUAAUGUUUUAGGAUUUCCGAUUCCAUACAGUUGGUCACCGAAAACAUUAACUGAUAUGCAAGAUGCUUAUGGAUUACUAUCAAAUCCAUAUUAUCAAUGGCCGUGGAAACUUCUUAAUUCUUCUUAUGCAUCAAAAUAUUCUGAUCAAAAUACACUUCUUCAAUCUAGUUCACUAGUCAAUAAUACUAUGAAUAUUAUAAAGCAAUUGAAUAAGGUAAACUCAGGAUCAACAUUGAAUUCUUGCUUGAAAUCAAAAUUUCCACUUAAUGACGAAAAUAAACAAAACAAUAUCAUGAUGUUUAAUGAUACAACCUCUUUGUCAACACAAGCAAUGUCAUCGGAUGAACAGGUGGAAGCUAUACCUUUAAUAGUAAGACAUGACAAAAAAGUAAAUAAAUCCGGUUCAGUUAUAAAUAGUAAUAGUACCAUGUAUAGCAGCUGUUCAUCAAAUUUGACAACUAGUACUAACGUAACAACAGCACCAAUAACAAGUGAGAAUAAUUCAUUUCAUGGACCAACUAUAAGUCGCAGAAGACGCACUAAAGUUACUGACACACGUUUAACUCAUUCACGUGUUUCACGUUAUCCAAAUAAUGCAUUUUCAAAUUGUAUAAUGACGAAUUCUGUCAUGCACCAAAACAAUCGACAUCAUCAUAACCAACCAAUAUCACAACAACAGUCACUUCUUCAAUCAACUUCAGACAUUAUUGACUUGGGGAAGGCCUUAAAUUUAGUCACAUCAACUUCUACAUCUUUUGGAUUGAAUGGGAACCAAUUGCAAACUGAUGAUAAAGAAUCUUUACUUAUAAACCAAAAUCUUUUACCGGGUAUAAAUCCGGCCAAAUAUCACAACGCUGUUAUUUCUACCAGUACUACUACUUGUAGUAAUAUCAACAACACGAGUAAUGUGAAAUUAGAUGAUUUCUAUUCUGCUAAGUAUCGAUCAGAAUAUCAAAUUCAUAGUAGUGGUAGUAAUAAUAGCAGUCCAUCACCGAUCUCACUACGUCUUUCAGGCUAUUCAAAAGAAUUGACUGAUAAUACCUCAGAAAAUCUUAAGGGACAUUGUCAUGAAAAUGUAGAUAUUUCAGAAUCAGAUAAGAAUAUCGAUUAUCAGGUUAACGGAGCGGAUGAGAAGUUACAUUGUUUGAAUAUGCUUCAAGAAUACAAAUCAUUUGAAAAAAUGUUUUCGAAAACACUGAAAAGUUAUCCAUUAUCUCUAAAAUCAAACUUACUUAAUAACAUCGGUACACUACCUGCAGUUAUGAAUACUGUUCCCUCUUCUACACCCUCCACAUAUUCUCCAUCUGUUUUCAAAGAUAUAAAUACGUCAUUGGUAGUGACUACUUCAACAUCAUUAUCUAUCUCUUCUACAUUCCCUACUCCAUCUUCUACUGCUUCUGUGCCUGUCACUUCCUCUUGUGCAUCAGUUUGUUCAGACAUUAAUCAACGUAAAUUUUUGUCAAGAUUCAAUCAAAUUUGUCUGUUAAAUCCACGCCUCCCUAACUCGUUACCAUCUAUUCCCCCGAUCUUUUUCAAUCCUACAGAGGAUACAAUUAACAAUAAUUUCAAUCAUAUCAGUAAUAACAAUACCAACAAUACAAAUAAAUUUUCCACCAGUAAUUUUUACGAUUAUACAAGUAUACAGAAUGAUUGUCAAGAAAGACAACAACAGUCACUUUCACAUAGUUUUGGAGCAAAAAAUAAUCUUAACUAUUCUCAGCCACAUAAUAUUUUUUUAUCAUCGUCUAUUCCUUGCAAAUCUCCCAGUCCAUAUUCAUUAUCUCUAAAAUCAUCUAUAUUUUCACCAUCACAAUCGUUAACACCAGUCAUAGGAAGCAUCGAUUAUAAUAGUGUUAUUACUACUGCUGCCAAUAAUAGUACUGACCAUAACAAUAAUAAUAUAACAACUGUAUGUAGUUCACAAAAUAAACAUCACCGUCCACAACAAAAUCUCCCCAAUUUAAAUAAUAAACAACAUCAUAAUCACAUAAGUUACAUAAACAAAUUAUAUGAUAAAUUAAAUGCAAGUGAAAAUCUACUCAAUAUAAAGCUUGACAAAUCACUAUUAUUGAACGAUAAUUUUAGUAGUGAAUCAACCAGUGGGAUCACACUAUCAGAAUCUUAUCAAAAUCAACUAAUGAAUUAUUCACAUGAACUACGAAUGACAACAACUUUAACACCAGUACAUUUACGUAAAGCAAAAUUGAUGUUUUUUUAUACAAGAUAUCCUAAUUCAACACUGAUUAAAAUGUAUUUCCCUGAUGUGAAAUUCUAUAAAAAUAAUACAGCUCAAUUGGUGAAAUGGUUUAGUAAUUUUCGGGAAUUUUAUUACAUUCAAAUGGAGAAGUAUGCACGAGUUGCCAUAUCUGAAGGAAUACGUAUUGCUGAUGAAAUUCAUGUAACAAUUGAAUCGGAAAUCUACAGAGCUUUAAAUUUACAUUAUAAUCGUAACCAACAAUUAGAGGUACCGGAUCAUUUUCGUAUUGUUGUUGAAGCAACACUUCGCGAAUUUUUCAAUGCACUUUAUACUGGUAAAGAUUCAGAACAAUCAUGGAAAAAACCAAUUUAUAAAGUUAUAGCUAGAAUGGAUCAACCAGUUCCAGAAUUUUUCAAAAGUCCUAAUUGGAUGGAUCAAUUAGCUGAUGGAUAAGUGAAAAAAGGAAAGGAUAUAAAAAAGUAAUCAGUUGAUUACUUAUUCUUAUGUUUUAAGUCAUAAAUAUAUCAUAUGCACGAAUACAUACUUGCUUAAUAAAUAUGAUCAUCUUAAUUCAAAUAACAAUUUCAUAACAUGUAUUCAUUAUGAGUAAUAUAUUUCAUUAUACAACUUAGAAUUUAGUAAACAAAACAAAACAAAUUACUUGUUCUUUCAUUACCUAUAAACUAAAAUUGACAAAACAAUCUGAUUUUUUUUUAAAAAAACAACGACCUACAAAUUUUAAUUUAUCUUUUAUUUCUAAAAAAGCAAUUGUAUAUUUAAAUUGAUUUUAAAAUGACC